ACUGGCCAGGGCCCGCAGCCAGGAGCCAGGAAACGUCUACUAGCACGAGUGGCCUUGCCCAGCAUGUCGCUGGCUCAGCCUCCUUAUCCAAACAGCAAAGCUGCCUCCCUGGGAUGUAGAGAAGACACGGUUCAAUGUGCAGACCUUCUCCCUGUCCAGCAUCUCCGGCCUCCAAUUCCAGGACAUCAGUAGUAGCACAGGUGAAAACAAAAGCCUGUCUCAGCGGCCAUAACUCUGCCAGCAGCACCUCAAAGCCAUUCAAAACGCCCAAAGACAAUCUUCUUACCUCCAGCAGCAAACAGCACACAGUCUUUCCCGCAAAAGGAUCAAGGGACAAACCAUGUGUUCCGGUUCCCGUAGUCAGUUUAGAGAAAAUUCCUAACCUAGUGAAGGCAGAUGGUGCCAAUGUCAAAAUGAACUCUACAACCACUACUGCAGUCACUUCUUCCUCCUCCUCCUCCUCCUCCUCCUCUUCCUCUUCUGCUGUCUCCGCCCCACCUCUAAUUAAGCCCAUCCUGAUGUCUAAGUCGGUGCCACCUUCACCUGAGAAGAUCUUAAAUGGCAAAGGGAUCCUGUCCGCCACCAUAGACAAGAAACACCAAAAUGGCACCAAAAACAACAACAAGCCUUACCGGAGACUUUCAGAGAGAGAAUUUGACCCAAAUAAACACUGUGGAGUAUUGGAUCCCGAGACAAAGAAACCUUGCACAAGAUCCCUCACCUGCAAGACACAUUCACUAAGCCAUCGGAGGGCAGUCCCAGGCCGGAAAAAGCAAUUCGACCUCCUCCUGGCAGAACACAAAGCCAAGUCCCGGGAGAAAGAAGUUAAAGAGCAUCUCCUGACUUCCACAAGGGAAAUACUUCCAAACCAAACUGGGCAAGUUCAGGAUUCUCUGCCCGGAUCUUCAGGGAGCUCCGGGCCAGAACCGAAAGUCACAUCUCCUGCGAAAUCCAGGCCACCUAACUCUGUGCUCCCCAGACCAUCAUCUGCAAAUAGCAUAAGCAGCAAUGCAUCUUCAAAUCUCAGCAGCUACACUCCAGAGCCUCCUCUACCCCCAGUAGGAGGUGAUCUUGCCAGCCGACUGUCCAGUGAUGAAGGAGAGAUGGAUGGAGCCGAGGAAUCUGAGAAAUUAGACUGUCAGUUCUCUACACACCACCCCAGACCUCUUGCGUUUUGCUCAUUCGGGAGUCGCCUCAUGGGACGGGGGUACUAUGUGUUUGAUAGAAGAUGGGAUCGUUUUCGAUUCGCCCUAAACUCCAUGGUAGAAAAACACUUGAAUUCACAGAUGUGGAAGAAGAUCCCUCCUGCGGCAGAUACCCCCAUGCCCUCGCCAGCAGCCCACAUCACCACCCCUGUUCCAGCAUCCGUUUUGCAGCCUUUCAGCAACCCCAGUGCUGUGUAUCUUCCUUCAGCUCCCAUCAGCUCAAGACUCACCUCUUCUUACAUAAUGACAUCAGCCAUGCUCUCAGACGCAGCUUUUGUGGCAUCGCCGGACCCGCGUGUCCUCAUGUCCCACACCACAGCUUUCCCUCAUGUGGCCGCUACCCUCAGCAUCAUGGACUCAACCUUCAAGGCUCCAUCCGCCGUGUCCCCGAUACCAGCUGUCAUCCCUUCCCCAUCCCACAAGCCAUCCAAAACCAAAACCAGCAAAUCCUCAAAAGUCAAAGACCUGUCUGCCCGUAGCGACCAGUCUCCAAGUAACAAAAAGAGGAAGCCACAGUCUUCGACUUCCUCUUCCUCCUUGUCCUUGCAGACUUCCCUCUCAUCGUCGCCAUUGUCAGGGCCCCACAAAAAGAACUGUGUUCUCAAUGCCAGUUCUGCUUUGAACUCCUAUCAGGCAGCCCCUCCCUAUAACAGUCUGUCUGUGCACCACUCCAACAAUGGGGUGAGCCCACUCAGUGCCAAGCUGGAGCCCUCAGGACGGACCUCGCUGCCCGGCGGCCCCGUGGACAUAGUGAGACAGGUGGGCGCGGUGGGCGGCAGCAGUGACUCCUGUCCCCUCUCGGUGCCCUCCCUUGCGCUCCACACGGGGGAUCUCUCUCUGGCCUCACACAAUGCCGUGUCUUCUCUGCCCCUUUCUUUUGACAAAUCAGAAGGAAAAAAGCGUAAGAACUCAAGUACUAGUAGCAAAGCCUGUAAAAUCACUAAAAUGCCUGGUAUGAAUAGCGUUCACAAAAAGAACCCGCCCAGUCUUCUUGCACCGGUGCCCGAUCCCGUUAACAGCACCUCCUCUCGGCAGGUUGGGAAAAAUAGCAGCCUAGCUUUGUCACAAUCCAGUCCUUCAAGCAUAUCCAGCCCAGGACACAGCCGACAGAAGAACACAAACAGAAUGGGCAGGAUAAGGACGCUUCCAUAACAAGAUGAUGAAGCCACUUCCAAAACAAUUUCUGGUGGUGAUCGCACCCUAGGAGGCUGUGGCACAGAGGAGGGAAGGGGACUGGCCCAUGAGCAAGCAUCUGUUACCUGUACCCUGCUGUGGCUCUGGCCUUUCUUCUUUCUUCUUCCCCCUCCUCCUUUCUUCUUUCUUUUCUUUUUCCUUUUCCUUCUUCCUUCUCCUCUUCCUUCUUCAUUGACCAAAUUUCAGUUUGAAGAAAAAGAAAAUGGCAAAAAGAACGUGCAUUUGAGAUUGACAGCAAACAGUCCCAGUGUUUUCUUUACAUUUUUCAUUUGCCACAUUUAUACACGCUUCCAAAUGUGGAGUCACUCCCUCAGACCCUGGUGUUGCUACUUCACUGAGAGCAGACACAGCCGGAUGCCGGCUCUGAGCCGGUCUCCCAUGGAAGCUCUUGAACCAUCACACAUGCAGAGCUCUUUUACCCCCUCAUCUUCUCUUAUCCCAUCCCUCCAUCCCCAACCUGACCCUCACUGGUCCCCACCUGCCAUCAGAAGGUGCUGCUCUCACCAGCCACCCCUAGACAGGGUGCUUAGGAAAGAAGUCUCUAGAAGAGGAGCUUGUGUUUGAAGUAGAAAGAGCCAGAGAGUCAAAGGGAUACCUUCCUGGGCACCAUGGUUACAGCUAAAUGCUAAGGGCCAAAUUGAGAACAGUGGCCAUACAUUAACAUACAUAGUAAAGUACCUGAACCAGUACUACAGUCCAGCUGUGCAGCUCAGAAAAGAUCUACUGAGUUUAAUCAGAGAUGGGGCUUGAGUGGGUGGCAGGAAGCAGAUCGUAGGGCAUAAAGGACAAUAUCCCUUGAAAUAUGUGGGAACCAGGUGACUGAUAGUUUGAGCUUGCUAAGAAUGCCUUUCGCAGCAGUGUGCAAGUUCCCAAAGCUGGGUGAGCAGAGCGAGUCCAAGAAAGCUACUCCAUGAGAUGAUGGGGUGAUCAUAGCUACUGUAGGUUCUGGAGCUUCUCUUCAGGGCCAGGAAUAUCCUCCAGGAAAAGCUUAUUUGGAGAAUUUUGUGCCAAACUCACCCACACCCGAAAAUGAGCUUGCCUCAACUCAAAUGUCCUAGCUCAGAGACAGAAGUAGUAAGAGCAAGCCCCCCCCCCUUGGUUAAGAACCAGUGAAAGAGCUGGGAGACCUUGGCACACUGCAGUUUUCAGCACCCCACACUGGAGUUUUGAAAAAGGUGGUAACAUCCUAAGUUCUAAUGAUCAUAAUCAACGGAAUUUCACAGCAUAAGGCUGGUGUUCCAUGCGCUUCUGAACUUACGGCACCACGCUGUGACAUAGAGCAAAGAUACCAAGAGAUUCCACUGAAAUCUGAAAUGAAUGCUAGUUUCACAGCUGGACACACCCCUCUUCCUCUCCCUGAAGUUUUCCUUUAUGUUUCCUCUCUCCCAACCCAAAGAUCAGACUACUGGUAACUUGUACCAUGUGAUUGGAAUCUGCAAAGACGGGAGGCAAAUGGAGUGAUUUACAUCAAUGCAAUUGCACUGACAGUGUUUCUUAUAGAAUUACUAAAUUUUUUAAAUAUAAAAUGAUUUUUUUUAAAAAAAUCAGGAGUUGCUAUUAAGUACCAGGACAUUUAGUUGGGAUGAUUUCAUUUUUUAUUUUUACAGUGUUAAAAGUGCACUUAUAUGCUGGUUUAUUUACGUCUUGGGAAAAAGAGACUGCAAAUUGAAGGGACGAUUGUUACUUUUCUUUUUAAAAAAAGGAUAAGGCAGAUUUUAAGACUUAUAAAUGUUUAAGAUUAUAAACAAGGUUAGAUCCUUUGAAAAAAGUUUAGAAGAUAUUCUUAAAGUAAAUUUUUAUAGUGUUAAUUUUGUAAUAAUUUAUGUUUUACUAUAUUACAGAGCUAACUGACCAGAAUAGUUUCAGAAACAAUAUGAAACUUAGGAAAGUUUAAGCAAUGUUUAUAUUUUUUAAAUGUUCUUUGAAUUAUGUUUUUAUUGUACAUUUCUUCAGACUGAAAAAUA